GACGUUGCAUUCCAGUUGUCGCAGACUGAUGUGGGUUUACGGAUGUAGAUUCACUUUUAACGCUUCCUCUCGCCCCCCGAGGCUUCAAACUGACAGAAAUGGAGCUACUGGCCCCUAUGCGGCUCUACACCCUGUCCAAAAGACAUUUUGUUUUGGUCUUCGUGGUGUUCCUGAUCUGCUUCGGCCUCACAGUCUUCAUUGGGAUUGCAGGUCCCAGGAUUAUUGUUGAGCAAGAGCACAGUGGUGAUCAGUUACUGGGAAAAAAUCUCUCAGUUAAGACUGGGCCCUUCAAUCUAGUUUCUCCUCCCCUCACCACUUACAACCAGCAGCUAUGGCUCACCUGUGUGAUACAGGCUCAAAACAGCAAUAUGGGAGACUUCCAGCAGCCUUUCGAGAUCAAGGUUGACCUAAAGGGAGUGAUGCAGGACGCCAGCGUGAUGCAGACCAACAAUGUGCACCAGAAAUCGCGAACGCUACACUGCGGAACUAAAUGUGACGAGAUCGUUGUGCUCCAUCUGGGCUAUCUGAACUACACCCAGUACCAGGUUCUGGUCAGAUUCAAGGGCCUUGAAAAUAUCACAUAUGACAUCAAGGUCAAGUUCGUGUGGAAAACAUACAAUCCCACCUUCUCACAAGUAGAAAUCUGGUUCCGGUUUGUCUUUGUGGUGUUGACCUUCAUGGUGACGUGUAUGUUUGCUCAUUCACUGAGGAAAUUUUCUAUGAGGGACUGGGGCAUAGAGCAAAAGUGGAUGUCUAUCCUGCUCCCUUUGCUGCUGCUCUACAAUGACCCAUUCUUCCCGCUGUCAUUCCUGGUGAACAGCUGGUUUCCAGGAACGUUGGAUGCUUUCUUUCAGGCUCUGUUCCUGUGUGCUCUUCUGCUCUUCUGGCUCUGUGUCUACCAUGGCAUAAGGGUUCAGGGUGAGAGGAAAUGCAUGACGUUCUACCUUCCUAAGAUGAUCAUUGUGGGUCUUCUUUGGCUCUCAGCGGUUACACUGGGCAUUUGGCAAACGGUUAAUGAACUCCAGGAUCCCACCUAUCAGUAUAAAGUGGAUAUAGUGAACUUUCAGGGUAUGAAGGUCUUCUUCCUGAUAGUAGUUUCCCUCUACAUCCUCUACCUGAUUUUCCUGAUUGUCAGAGCUUGUUCCGAACUCAAGAACAUGCCAUACUCAGAUCUCCGGCUGAAGUUUUUGACUGCCCUGACUUUUGUGGUGCUCGUUAUAAGCAUGGUCAUUCUCUACCUGAGGUUUGGUGCCAGGGCUCUUCAAGACAAUUUUGUGGCUGAAUUGUCUACUCAUUACCAAAACUCAGCUGAAUUUUUAUCCUUCUACGGCCUACUCAACUUUUACUUGUAUACAUUAGCGUUUGUGUAUUCCCCCUCCAAAAAUGCCCUUUAUGAUUCCCAGUUGAAGGAUAAUCCUGCUUUCUCCAUGCUAAAUGACUCAGAUGAUGAAGUGAUAUAUGGCAGUGAUUAUGAAGACAUGCCUUUACAAAACGGACGUGCUAUCAAAGCAGCCACCAAGUACCAGGAUGAGAGUGACAGUGACUGAUGGACCUGUGGCUGUAAAUUAUAAAGGUACUUUCAAACAAAACAAACUAUCACAUGUAUGUGUACAUAAGGAGUAUUUUGAUUGGUAGUAUGGAAUGAUACUGUAAGUGUACAUAAAUAUAUUUUUAAAAAGAUAAGUUCCAUGUCUACUGAAUGUACUGUACUUUUUACAGAAAGUUGAGGCACAUAGCCUCUCAGACUUUUUUGCUCCAUUGUUUAUUCUUUCAGUUUCAUUGAAAACAACAGACACUGAUGUAAAACAAUACAAUUUUUACCAAUUUGUAAACUUUUUUUUCCCUCAUUACCUCCAUCCUUCUUCACAAUCUUAGUUAAAAAUUAUUGGGGAAGGUGCUAAUAUUAAUUGGGAUUUUUUUUUUGUGCGUCUGAAAUCAAUGUUAUUUUUAAUGCUUUGUGUUGGACCACUGUUGUGUUUCUAUACUUACACUGCAUUAUUUUUGCCACUCCUUUCCGCUCUCUGACGGUCUGAGAAUAACGAGAACGCAUAAAUCUGACCAAAGCUGAGUAACAUUAUACUGGUGGUAGAAAGUCACAGAAGUUCAUGCUGCAGCAGCCGCAGCAGUACACUGUGGCUCGCCAGCACUGGCAUGCUUCAUGAAUGGGGAACUUAUGUGCCAUAGCAGGGUUUGCUGUUGACAAAUCCUCUUUGUGCUCAGACAUGUUUUUAAAAAAACAAAGAGCAGAGCCUUAAGGGGAGAGAGCCUUAAGGGGAGUAUGUACGACCUACCACUUCUCUUACCAAUUCUUUCCUUGGAAAGCAGCUUUGUAAUUGCACUUGCUUAAGAAUUUUAUUUAUUUUGCCGUAAAAGUGUCGACAUUUGAUACUGUAUUAUCUGAUAACUUGGAUGGAUGGAUUUUGAUGACUUGCAUGGAUUUUACAUGAUGUUAAUAGACUACUGAUCUGUUAUGUUAAAACAUUUCUUUGCCCAACACAUACAGUGAUUAUAGCACUGGCCAAAUAUAUUUUGCCUUAUGUAGAACAUAUGAUUUUGAGUAAACUUUUUUCAGUGUCUUUCUUUAAAUUGCCUCCAAUGUGAGAUUUGAUGCCCCUUCCUUUGUUUAAUGAAAUUGGAGCUUAUGGCCAAAAAAACAGCCAAAACAAAUGCGUGUCUGUUCUUCACAAAUAAUAUUCCCACAUGUACACUAAUCAAGAUGGUGCCUUGUCUUCACAUCGUUGUUUUCUUCUAAAUGGGCUGCAGUCUCAAAAUUGUAAAUGCUAUGACAUAAAACGAACAUGAUUGAUCAGUGUGAAUGUAGUUUCUGUUGGUUCAAGGUGGUUACAUGAGGUUGUUGUGAGUCUUGAUAUAUUGGAGGUUCUUGGAAUUUUUGUUGCUUUAUGAGAUAAAAGUUGUACAUGUAGCAGUCUGUCAUGUCACCUGUAAAUAAAGCAAAGUAUGUAGA